UUUGCCUGCCUGCCAUUGCCUCUCUCCCUCGGCCUGCCUGCCUGCCAUCGCCUCUCUACCUCGGCCUGCAUGCCUGCUUGCCUCCAUUUGGACAUUCUACCUCCACCUUCAAAAGGGUAUGAGCAACAGCUGUACACAGUGUUUUAAGAUAAGCGUGUGACAAGAACUAUACAACAUCUAACCUUUGAAACUGACACUCACAAAUAAGUAAAAAACUAUCAUGAAGUGCUUAAAACAUGGAAACCCAACUUGAAAUAGGAUUUGUUUGACAAUGGGAUGUGGAUUUAUUUGAAUUGUGUGUAGCCACACACUUGGACAUACUGGAUUUUGGAACACAUCCUUGCAUUUAAGUGGAAUUUCCGGUGUUAUCAUCACUUCAAUUGAAAUUGUUGGAAGAUGUCUCGGUCUGGGUCACCUGAAGUUGAAGUUGCUCGUUCUCACACAGAGGAUGUUAAUGUGCAAAUCAUGGCUGAACAGCUGUUGAGGCAGCACAUUGCAACCCGAAAGGGAAAACUGAGUUUUUGCACAAGAAAACAAAAUGAGUUAAAGCAAUUUAUGGAUAAUGCCAGCGUUGCUGAUAUAGACAAAGGCAUUAAAGAUCUUAUUGAUGCACUGGAUGAAUUUGACAAAGCUCAUGUGUUGGUGCAAGACAUGUUGGCUGGUUACGAAAGGCAAGAAGAUCAUGCCCAAUGGUAUGAACCAAAAAAGAAGUCUUUCUUAUAUUUUCUUGAAAAUGCACAGACAUUCAAAGGCAGUCUGUCUCAGCCAUUACCUGUUAUCACCCCUAUGGACAGUGCUUCUAACACAUCCAGAAAGUCAGGGAGUUCUUCUAAGUCAGGGGCACCAUCACUGUCAUCAGCUCGUGUAAAGAUUGAAGCAGAAAAGGCAGCUCUUCUGGAACGUGCUGCUGGGCUAAAGAAAAAACACGCUCUUGAGCUGCAAAGGAUGCAACUCCAAGGUGAAAUAGAACAGAGCGCCAUAGAAAUUGACAUUGCUGCAGCAAAUGCAAAAGUGAAGGUUUUGGAGAAUUACGAAAAACAAAUAGAAAUAAAAGGAGGCUCUGUUUGUCGAUCAGAACCCAAGGAUAGCAUGAAUUCUUACCUGGAGGCGCAUGGAAAGGAAACUUAUAUAGAACCGGAGAUUUCAAUUGAAUAUGCAAAUAUACACACUGUCCCCAAGACUCCUCUUCAAAUGCUUACAGCACAAAGACAAACCCAAUUCCCCUAUCAAUUACCUUCUAAGCAACCUCAGACUAUAGCUGCCACCUCCAUAACAGCCGGUGUAGCAGCCCCUUCCAUUCCUACGGCUGCUGCUUCCACUCCCAAUACGGUAGCAGCUACCUCUGCUCCCACUGUGGUAGUAGCCACCCCUGCCCCCACGACAGCAGCAGCAAGUCUAACCUCACACUCUGCACAGCCAAUUAAGAAUAGCGGUUUAAGUGACAUUGCAAACCUCUUUAUGCAGCAACAGCGGUUAUCUUUGCUUCCCACUAGGGAUAUACCUGUUUUUGAUGGGGAACCUUUGAACUUUAGGCCUUUUAUGCUAGCGUUCGUGCAUCGAAUUGAAAAUAAGGCUAUAAGUAAUCAAGACCGCUUGUAUUACCUGGAGCAAUACACUUCUGGCCAAUCAAAGGAACUGGUGAGAAGCUGUUUGCAUAUGAGUGCAGGUGAUGGGUAUGCAGAGGCUAAACGAUUGCUGGAGUACCAUUACGGCGACAAGAUAAAGCUUACUAAUGCAUACAUGGAGAAAGCCAUGAACUGGAGCACCAUUAAGGCAGAAGACGGAAAGGCAUUGUACAGUUAUGCACUCUUCCUUCGAGCAUGCUGCAACCUGUCUCGAAGUCUGCAGGAUAUGGAGGAGCUUAGUCUACCCUCUAACCUGAGGCUUCUUGUCUCAAAGCUUCCUAUUAAGUUGAGGGAAAGAUGGCGGUCAAGAGCAUUUGACAUCAUGGAGCAGAGACAAACCAAGGCUACCUUUUCUGACCUGGUUACCUUUAUUGAAAGACACGCCAGGAUCAUGCAAGAUCCUCUCUUUGGUGACAUCCAACAGCCACUUUCUACAAAGAAGUUCCUGCAACCUAAACCUACGUCAGAUUCAAAGCUUCCAUUUAAAACCAAAGGUAGUUUUGUAACUGCUGUGGCAAAUACUUCCGCCUCGGCCAAAAAUGAUGUCCCCAAGCAACAAUCUGCUAAUAACAAGUCUCCUGUUACAAGCAGUUGUGCGAUUUGUAAUGAAACGCAUUCAUUGACUUCAUGUAAAGAGUUGCUCUCUAAGACACAUGAAGAGCGUGUUGAUAUUUUGAAGAGAAAAGGUGUCUGUUUUGGCUGUUUGGUAAAGGGCCACUUGAGCAAAGAUUGUAAACGGCGCCUUACUUGUUCUGUGUGUUCUAAAAGGCAUCCAGACAUACUGCAUAUUCAAAGGACAGCUGAUGGAAUCACAGACCACAAGGGGAACCCCAGUGGGUCUGAGAUGGCAAUAAAUAGUGGAUUGGUCUCACUGGAAAAUGGAAACAUUGGAUCCAGUGACGAUCACUGCACCUUAGCUAUUGUACCCGUUCAAGUGAAGCUGAGUAAGUCCAACCAUGUUGUCCAGACGUAUGCAUUCCUUGAUCCAGGCAGCUCCGCCACAUUUUGCACUGAGAGUCUCCGACGACGUCUAAAUGCAAGAGGAAGAAAUCACAGGAUCCUUUUGCGAACUAUGGGUCAAGAGAAACCCACCGACAGCAUCGUCGUCAGCGGCUUAGAAGUAAGCAGUCUGGAAGGGAAAUUGUUCUAUGGACUGCCUGAUGUUUACACACAGAAAGAAAUCCCAGUCAGCAAAGGCCACAUACCAAAGCAGAAGGAUGUGAAGAAAUGGCCACACUUGAAGGAUGUAUUUCUGCCUACCAUUGAUGCUGACAUCGAUCUCUUGAUUGGAACAAAUGUGCCCAAACUCAUGGAGCCAUGGAGGGUGAUUAAUAGUAACGGCAAUGGACCUUUUGCAACCAAAACCCUGCUGGGCUGGGUUGUCAGUGGUCUCCUCCAUGAUGAGCACACAAGUCUGAGUAAGCAAGGCAAGACAUAUGUUUACACCAAUAGGAUUUCUGUGGAAAUUGUACGUGACCUUCUGGUGCAGCAACUCAACCAUGACUUUCCGGAGAGUACAUAUGAAAAGGAAGAAAUGUCUCAAGAGGAUCUGAGAUUUCUAAACAUAAUGAACACCUCAGUCAAAGUACAAGAUGGACACUACCAAUUGCCGCUGCCAUUUAAAGGACAUCCCAGAAUGCCCAACAACCGUAUGAUGGCAGCACAGAGGGCUGAGCUUUUGAGGCGCAAGUUUGGAAGGAACACCAUUUUUUGGGAAGAAUACACAUUGUUCAUGAACACCAUGGUGAAAUGUGGACAUGCUGAACUCGUCCCAAACCAGGAAGAGCCACAGAAUGGCAAAGGCUGGUACAUACCCCACCAUGGAGUACGUCAUCCCAAAAAAGGAAACUUGCGAGUGGUUUUUGAUUGCUCCGCAUCUUACCAAGGAACAUCUCUCAACAAUGAACUCUUGAAGGGCCCAAAUCUUGCAAACUCCUUAAUUGGUGUCCUGCUACGUUUCUGCCACGGGAAUGUAGCCAUACUGGCAGAUGUGGAGAAGAUGUAUCAUCAGGUAAAGAUACCACCAGAGCAUGUUGACUUUUUGCGCUUCUUGUGGUGGGAGGAUGGCAACACGUCUCAGCCUCUCAUGCAAUACAGGAUGACAGUGCACAUCUUUGGCGCAACAUCAUCAGCCAGUUGUGCCAGUUAUGCCUUAAAGAGGACAGCUGAGGAUAACAAAGGAAGCUUUUCAGCUGAAGCAGUGAACACAGUCCUCAACAACUUCUAUGUUGAUGAUUUGCUGAAGUCUGUGGAUACAGAGACCGAUGCCAUUCAACUGUGCAAGGAGUUGAAAGCUCUGUGUGCAGCAGGAGGUUUCAAUCUCACCAAGUGGUCCAGUAACAGCCGAAACGUCUUGGUCCACAUUCCUGAAUGUGAAAGGGCUAAGGGAGUGAAGGACUUGGACCUAGACCUGGACGACCUGCCACUAGAAAGGACCUUUGGUGUGCACUGGAGUGCAGAAGAUGAUGUCUUCAAAUUCCACGUGGCUCUCAAAGAGCAACCAUGCACCAGGCGAGGCAUCCUGUCCACGGUUAGUUCAAUCUAUGACCCGCUAGGAUUUCUUGCCCCAGUGACUUUCCCAGCAAAACAUCUGUUGCAGGAACUUUGCAAGCUGAACCUUACCUGGGACGAAGACAUACCGAACACUCAUGCACAAUCCUGGAAACGUUGGCUGCAUAGCCUUCGGACUCUUACAGCCUUCAACAUCACCCGCAGUUUCAAACCAAAGAACUUUGGAAAAGUUGAACAUGCACAAUUGCACCACUUUUGCGAUGCAAGUGAAGUAGGAUAUGGCAUGGUGACGUAUCUGAGGUUGGUCAGCAGUAAGGAGCAGGUACAUGUGAAGUUUGUGAUAGGGAAAUCAAGAGUGGCACCGUUGAAAUUUAUGACAAUCCCACGUCUGGAGCUGACUGCUGCAGUGCUGGCAGUUCGUGUAGAAGGGAUGCUCGUAGAGGAAUUAAAAAUGGACUUGGAACCAGCCGUGUUUUGGACAGACAGUACGACAGUGUUGAAAUACAUAAAGAAUGACAAUAGACGAUUUCACACAUUUGUUGCAAAUCGUGUAAAUACAAUCAGAAGCAGGUCUGAUGUAUUACAGUGGAAACACAUUCCUGGAAAAUUGAACCCAGCAGACUAUGCAUCCCGCGGAUUAAACACUGCAGACUUUCUGAAAGGCAACAACUGGAUCAAUGGUCCCAAAUUCCUGAAAGACUUAACCCAGCACUGGCCCAACGUACCUGUCGACCUUGCUAUUCCUCCAGAUGACUCAGAAUUGAGAAGAGAAGUUCAAGUACAUGCCACGUUAGCCAGUACCCAUGAUCCAACUAGUGUGUUACUGAAUUACUUCUCCACUUGGAAUAAACUCAGAAGAGCCGUUGCCUGGUUCCUGAAGCUGAGGAGUUUGCUCACACAAUGUGUUCUCAAAAGAAAGGGGGCCUCAAAGGCAGACAUGGCUGGCCCUAAGACACUCUCUGUUCAAGACCUGGAAGAGGCAGAAGAAGCCAUUGUGAAGUUCUGCCAAAAUCAAGGAUUUCCACAGGAGAUGGCAUCCUUGCACAACGGAAGGAAUGUCAACCGGAAAAGCUCCAUCUUCAGACUGGACCCAGUCCUUGACCAUGGCUUAUUGAGGGUUGGUGGUCGCCUGAGCAGGAUGGCUAUGCCAGAGGUACCGAAACAUCCAGCUAUCUUGCCUAAAAGGCAUCACGUUUCUGAGCUUCUGCUUCAACACAUUCAUCAGCAAGUUGGCCAUUGUGGCAGAAAUCACAUCUUGGCAAGUUUAAGGCAAAAAUAUUGGAUUCCUUGUGCAAAUUCUCUUGCAAGGGAAAUUGUGAACAAUUGUGUCCCCUGCAGGCGGAACUUUGCACGUGCAGGUGAACAAAAGAUGGCCGAUCUGCCAAUUGAUCGUUUGACCCCUGACCUCCCUCCAUUCUCACAUGUUGGAGUGGAUUACUUUGGACCAAUAGAGGUGAGAAGAGGGCGUGGCAUGGCAAAACGUUAUGGCGUGCUAUUUACUUGCCUGACUACUAGAGCAGUCCAUUUGGAAGUAGCACACUCAUUGGAUACAGACUCUUGCGUGAAUGCGUUUAGGCGCUUCAUAGCCAGAAGAGGCCAAGUAAAAGAAUUAAGGUCGGACAAUGGAACUAACUUGAUCUCUGCUGAAAAGGAGCUACGGGAAGCACUGAAACGAUGGAACAUGGAUCAAAUUGAGCGUAGUCUUAUCCAGAAAGGUGUCAAGUGGACGUUCAAUCCUCCAGCUGGUGCACACCAUGGAGGCAUCUGGGAGCGCAUAAUAAGAAUGGUGAAAAGGAUAUUAUCCUCCAUCACAAACCAGCAGUCUUUGGAUGAUGAAGGUUUAGUAACAGUAAUGUGCGAGGUUGAAUCCAUCCUGAACAGCCGUCCUUUGACAACCGUUUCCAGUGACCCUAAUGACUUGGAACCACUGACGCCUAAUCACCUACUGCAGCUAAAGGUCCAGCCCGUGCUUCCACCAGGAACAUUCAAACAGGAAGACUUGUACGCCCGAAGGCGAUGGCGGCAAACACAGUAUAUCGCAGAUCUUUUCUGGACACGGUGGAUACGGGAAUAUGUUCCACUCAUGCAAGAACGAUCCAAAUGGUCCCGCAUCAGGCCCAACUUUGGUGUGGGAGACAUUGUUGUGAUAGCUGAUCCUACAGCACCGCGAGGCUCAUGGGUGAUCGGAAGAGUAAUCGAAGCCAUAGCAGAUUACAAGGGCCUUGUUCGUUCUGUGAGACUGCAAACGAGAACCAACCAGCUCUUACGGCCCAUCAGCAAGAUCUACCUGUUGGUAAAAGCCAACAACCAACAUUGAACAAAGACUGCGCAUGUGCUUACAUUUGCAUCACAUUCAUACACUGAUACUUGCACACAUUUGUAGUAUAAUUGGACGUAAAAUUUAAAAUUAGAAUUAAGAAAUUAACAUUGUUUAUUUUUUGAAAAUUGCCCCCAUUGUGAAUAUUUUGUUAUAGCCACACGUGGUAGCUAUAAGGGGCCGGAUAUGUUGGAGCCAAUUUAGUUACCUUAGAUUAAAUUCUUACUUUUGUUUAAGAUUCGCUGGCCUUGGGCCAUGGACCGUUAUUUGACAAAGCAUUUGGUCACCUGAUCAGUCACCUGAUCAGGGAAAUAAAUAGGCUGCUCCCACUUGGUAGUUAGUCUCAGUUAGACAAGGAAGGAAGACAGUAGUGACAUAGUUUUUUACCGCUAAAAAGCCCGCUUCAAGCUACUUCAAGUUUGCCCCAGGCUUGUAGCUCUUGGAAUUUAGGAACCAAACUUUAGUUUACUUCUUUGAACCCUUUAUGUUGAAACCUUAGUUGAUUUACAAACGAUUUGGAUUUGUACCUGUGUGCCACCUGUUUGCCUGCCUGCCAUUCCCUCUCCCCCCUAUCCUUGCUUGGCCUACCACCUUUGCCUGCCUGCCAUUGCCUCUCUCCCUCGGCCUGCCUGC